CUUUCUUGAGAUUUGGCAAGCCAUGGCGGUGGGAUGUCAGGGGUGGAUGUGGAUGGCCUUCUGAGAGAGAUCGAUGAGCUCGAGGGCGCGGAACCUGAGGCCAAGAACCUGACGUGCGAUGAUGGGCGGAGACCUGGAGGUGUGGCUACUGUGGAUUGGCUGGCCAGCGCUGACGAAAGCUCCAGCGACUCGAGCGGGAAGAGCAGCCCUGGCCGCCAAAGCGAGGGCAGCAACGAGCUUCCUAUGUUUUCACCUGCGAAUGGUGCCAAGCAGCAGCCGGCCGCCCAGCCGGCCGCCCAGCCGGCUGCCCAGCCGGCCGCCCAGCCGGCCGCCCAGCCGGCCGCCCAGCCCGCGCAGCCGCCCACCCGUGCCCAGAUCGGCACGACACAAGACGCGGCACGGGGCGCGGGGUCUGCCAGCUCCAGCUCCAGUUCAAGCCCUUCCAUGGGCACCACCCGCGCUCAGCAGGCCCAAAGCCUGGGCUUCGCAGAGCACUCCGACAGCAUGGCGGAGCGAAUGCAGCCCCCAGUUGCGGAAGACUCUGAAGGUGAGGAGUUUGAGGCCCGCCACGUGCAGGAGCUGGCAGAGCUGGCGGAGCAGCUUCGGAAGGCGCAGGAGGGCGAGGCGACUUUGCGACGUGCCCUUGCCAAAGUCGAGGAAGAGCGGGAUCAGGUCCUUCUCCACUUGCAAGAAGCAGAGGAGGAGGCCGGCAGGCGCGGGCGCGCGCAGCAGCGAGAGCUGGUGGAGGCUCAGCGAAGGGAGGCGACCUCGGUGGAAGAGCUGGAGAGGCUGCAGCAGGAGAAGGAGUUGCAGAAGGCAUCAGCACAAAAGCUGCAGAGAGAGCUCUCUGCGCUGCGCUCCCAGGAGCAGGAAUCGGAGCUGCAAUCGAAGCUGGCCUGCGCGGAAGAGGCAGCUGAAAGUCAAUCUCUGACAUUGGCGCAUCUGCGCCAGAAGCUGAACGAGACCGCGGCGCAGCGGGACUCGGCCCUGCUUCAAGCUGCGCACUUUGAGGAGGCUGCAGCUGGGGAAAACUCGGAUCUGUGGAAGGAGGAGGUGCAAGCGCAGCUGCAGAGGGAGCUCUCUGCGCUGCGCUCCCAAGAGCAGGAAUCGGAGGAGCUGCAAUCGAAGUUGGCCUGCACGGAAGAGGCAGCUGAAAGUCAAUCUCUGACAUUGGCGCAUCUGCGCCAGAAGCUGAACGAGACCGCGGCGCAGCGGGACUCGGCCCUGCUUCAAGCUGCGCACUUUGAGGAGGCUGCAGCUGAGGAAAACUCGGAUCUGUGGAAGGAGGAGGUGCAAGCGCAGCUGCAGAGGGAGCUCUCUGCGCUGCGCUCCCAAGAGCAGGAAUCGGAGGAGCUGCAAUCGAAGUUGGCCUGCGCGGAAGAGGCAGCUGAAAGUCAAUCUCUGACGUUGGCGCAUCUGCGCCAGAAGCUGAACGAGACUGUGGCGCAGCGGGACUCGGCCCUGCUUCAAGCUGCGCGCUUUGAGGAGGCUGCAGCCGAGGAAGACUCUGAGCUGUGGAAGGAGGAGGUGCAAGCGCAGCUACAGAGGGAGCUCUCUGCGCUGCGCUCCCAGGAGCAGGAAUCGGAGGAGCUGCAAUCGAAGUUGGCCUGCGCGGAAGAGGCAGCUGAAAGUCAGACUCUGACGAUGGCGCAGCUUCGUCAAGAGCUUCGCAAGACCACGGCGGAGCGGGAUGCGGCCCUUCAAACUGAGGACCCCAAGCCGGUUGACAGAAGCAGGGCACCGAAUGGCAAAGACCAGAUGCCUCGACGAACCCACUCUGCAUGCUCUGUGGUCGCGCAGCGGGAGCAGCGCCGUGAGAGGCUGCUGCAGAGGCUGCGGGACCGGAACUUGCGAGCCAGUGUCCGCGCCACUGCCAGCGCAUCGGAGGUCUCAGUGAGCAGAGGGCUUCGGCAGCUCAAGGCGAAAGCCAAGAGCGCCGAAACGCCUCCGCCGCCUUUGCCUCCCUCGCCUGCCUCAGCGCCUGCAUUUUCGCCACGCUCGCCACCUGCAGCACCUGCAGCACCUGCAGCACCUUCCGCGCCGAGAUCGCUGGCAGAGCCGCGUCGAGCAACGUCGGUGCCGGUGCUACGAGGAGGCCGGGGCCAAGCACGGCAAGCACGGCAGGCGCCGCCGCGGGAGCCCGUGCAGCCCGCGCAGCCCGCGCAGCCCGCGCAGCCCGUGCAGCCUGCGCAGCCUGCGCAGGCAUUGCAGCGAGGGGAGUCCGCGCGAGACACGUUUGGUGCCGCAGCGGCGUUGGCUUCGGCCAUGGGCUUCGGUUUGCCCAGGGCGCCGCUUUCUGAGCCCAGGUGCCCGGUGCAGUCUUCCCCACUGGCGGCAGAUGCGCUCCGGCAAGCUGUGUGGAAGGCAGACUGGGCCUCGUUUCCCAUUGAGGGCGUGAGCUUCCAAAGGCGAAGCCGCUAGGGGCCAACCAUGGCCCUCCGUGGUUAAUGAAGAUGAUAAUGAUUGUCCGACCUGGACAACGACGGGCAUGCUGCGUGUUGUUGGCCUG